CAAAACCCCACACAGAGGAUGGCCGAGAGUGCGCCGAAGCGCAAGUCGAGGACGCAGAGCGACUGCUACACGAGCGGCGAGCGCGAGCGCGCGUGGCGGCAGUCGCUCUUCGAGGAGCUCGGGAUGGACCCGCCGCUCCGAAGCAGCCUCGAAAGCUUGACGCUCGAGUACGGCCGGCUCUCGCUCGGCGCGUCCUUGGCCCGCAUGGACAUUGGCAGCAUCUCCGAGACCGCAACCGAAGUGCUCAUGGACGCGCGGCUCAGCAAAGGCGGGAAAGAGUCCAACUUGUACCACCAGUCGCUCUCCAUGUCGGAGACGGGACGGAUCUCGGUCUCGGUCAACGGCCUUCCCGACGACGCCGGCGACGACCUCCAGAGCAUCCUCGACGACGCCAAGGAAGCCGUCGAGAUGGGCGACACGCCCGUGCUCGACGAUCUCGUGCCAUCGGUGCUCGAGCCCAUCGAGUGGGAAGGCUUUCUGAGCAAGCGCAGCGAGUGGCUCCGGCGAUGGGAGAAGCACUACUACGUGCUACAUGGCACGACGCUCAAGCGGUAUGCAUCCAAGGAGGCGUACGUGGCGACGCUGCAACUGUCGCCCGUGGACGGCAAGCCGCCGCCGCCGCCCGCGUACACGGCGUACACGAUCUCGGGCGUCAAGGAGGCGCCGGGUCGGACCCACGGCUUUGUGUUUGCGACCGCCGAUGGCAAGACGCUGCAGCUCACGGCGCCGUCGGCCAUGGAGCGCGUGAUCUGGAUGCGGCUCGCGCAGGAGGCCAUGGUGUCCCUUCCGGAUCUGCCCGUCUUUCCGCUCGAAAUUGAAGAAUUUUACGCGAUGUUGAUCGUGCUCUACACGGCGUUCAGCGGCAACUGGCGCACGUCGGGCGACAUGGCCGUGACGGUCCCGCCGCCGUCCGAGCAGGUCUUUACGCGCUUCUUUCGGCUUCUCGACAAGGACAUUUUGAUCUCGAGCAACUACCCGCCGUCCGUGCCAUUUUGCGGAAACUACCGGGGUAUCGCUGGGCUCCUCACGUACCUCAACCUCUUUGCGUCCAACACGCUGUGGUACCACUUCAAGAUUGAGGGCAUUGUGAUGGAAGACAGCGUCGCGGUCGCGUCCGGCAAGGAGGAGCUCGAGAACGCCAAAGACCGGCGCAAGUUUGUCCAAAACUGGGUGCACAAGUUCAACUUUAGCCCCGACGGCCGCCUCAUGAAGUUUGAAAUCAACGGCGAUGUCGUUGCGGCCUCGGCCGUCUUCAAGGUCCCCGGCGCGGCCACGACCCUGAGCUUGCCGCAGGACCUCCACGAAGUGCCGACGCCCACGUCUGGCACGCUCACCGUGCGCGUGCUGCAAGGCUCGGGCAUCAAGUCGCGGAUCACGGCGUCGGGCAAGAAGAGCUCGACCGGCGUCGGCCUCAAGGACCCGCGGGUGAUUCUCAAGCUGCUCACGGGCGACGAGCCGCCACCGCCGCCACCGGCACCGACGUCGACGGCGUCGUCGUACCUGCCGUCGUUGCCGAUCCCGGUGCAGUUGCCGUCCCUCCCUGCGACGAUCUCUCGUCGGCUAAGUUCGGCGAGCAGCAUGAUGUACCGGCAGACCAUGUCGUCGGCGUCCAGCAGCGCGAGCUCAACGCCCAUGGCCUUUGAGCGCAAGAGCGGCGAGGACAACAUGACGGACGUGGCGCGGAACCGCGGUCUCUCCAACUCGGACGUGGUCGCGCCCGUGUGGAACGCGGUGAUUGAGCUUCCGUUCGAGAACAUUCAGGGCCCGUGCCGGCUCCACGUCGACGUCGUUGAGAUGGCCAAGGGCGAGAAGGCAGUCGCGGCGUCCGCGACCGUCAACGUUGCCCGGUACAUUGUCGAGCAGAGCGCGGGCCAGACGCAGUGGGUGACGAUGGGCAACGGCAAGGGCGAGUUUUGCGGCCGGGUCCAGAUCAGCGUGUCGUGCUCGGUCAUUGACGACAAGCCGAAGUCGGACGACGGCCGGGGCACGCCGGUGCACCUCAUGCAGUGGCACGCCAAGAAGAACGCCGAGGAGAUUGGGCGCCCCGGCUGGUCCAACGUCAACGUCGAUCCCAAGUCGGCAUUGGAAAGUGGCGAGAAGCCCGAGUCGCCCGAGUCGGCGUUCAUGAUCGACCCGCUCAAGGCGAAAGAGUGCGAAGACGACGCCACCAUGCACGUCUUUACCGUCUGCAGCGCGCCGUUUGUGAUCCCAAAGCACUACAACCUCAUCAAGGUCUGCGGCCGCGGUGCGUACGGCAUCGUGAUUGCCGCGACCAACAACGACACGGGUGGCAGCGUCGCGAUCAAGAAGGUGAUUGACUGCAUCUGGCACCCGCACCAGCUCAAGCAAAUUCUGCGCGAAGUGCGCCUGAUGCGGCACCUCUGCCACGAGAACAUUCUGUCGCUCAUGGACCUCAUUCCGCCGCCGUCGUACCAAGAUUUCCGGGACGUCUACAUGACGGUCGACCUCAUGGAGAUGGAUCUGCACCGGAUCAUCUACUCGAAGGAAGUGCUGAGCGACGACCACAUUCGGUACUUUGUCUACCAGAUGCUGAGCGGCCUCGAGCACAUGCACGCGUGCGGCGUGCUCCACCGCGACCUCAAGCCGAGCAACCUCCUCAUCAACUCGGACUGCCAGCUCAAGAUUUGCGACAUGGGCCUUGCGCGACCGAAAGACGUUGACGAUCUUGGCAUGACCGAGUACGUGGUGACGCGCUGGUACCGAGCGCCUGAGCUCCUCCUCGGCAGCACGUACGACGAAGGCGUCGACGUGUGGGCGGCCGGCUGUAUCAUGGCCGAGAUGCUGGGCCGCAAGCCGCUCUUCCCCGGGCGGUCAUAUGUGCACCAGCUCCAGCUCAUCAUGAACGUGCUCGGCGUGCCCGAGGAGCACUCGUUCAAGGAGAACCCACAAGCGCAAAAGUUCAAGGGCCGCCAGCUCUUGAGCAAGACGCCGUCGAUGCAGGGCAUUGACGUCUCGGUGCUCUUCCCGAACGCGAACCCCGAGGCCCUCGACCUGCUGUGGAAGCUGCUCGUCUUUGACGCGACCAAGCGGCUCUCGGUGCAAGACGCGCUGCGACACCCGUACCUCGCGCAGUACUAUGACGCGUCGCGCGACACGACGGUCGAGAAGUUUCAAAGCUUUGAUUUCGAAGACCUCGGCGAGACGGACCUCAAGGAGCUUAUGUUUCGGGAAAUCUGCCACUUCCACCCGGAAGAGAUGACCAAGCGCGCGCAGCAGAUGGCCGAUAUGCCCAAGGAAGAAAAGCUGCCGCCGGGCUGGGUCAAGCGCGAGAGCCGCAGCAUCCGCGGCAAGUUCUACUACUCGCAUGCGAAGCGGGGCAUUAGCACGUGGGUCAAGCCCACGGUGUAGACAUCUUAUAUACUAAUAGUAGUUAUUGUUAUCGACUAA